UCUCCUUCGCAAACGGGACAAGAAAAGACAUCAGUGUCGACGGCCAAACAAUCACCGUCACUUUCUUCAACGGAGAUAUUAAGCAAAUCAUGCCGGACCAACGGGUGAUGUACUACUAUUCUGACGUUCAAACAACACAUACCACUUAUCCAGACGGGCUGGAGGUUUUGCAGUUUCCCAGCAAACAAAUCGAGAAGCAUUAUCCUGAUGGGACCAAAGAGAUCAUCUUUCCUGACCAAACCAUNAAGUAUCUGUACCCAAACGGAGCCGAGGAAUGUGUAUUUAGUGACGGCACUAUACAGAAAGUUACUGUGGAUGGCGAGCGAACCAUUGAAUUCCCAAAUGGACAGAGAGAGACACACACGAAAUUCUAUAAGAAAAGAGAAUACCCUGACGGGACAGUCAAGACAGUGUAUCCCGAUGGUCGCACAGAGACCCGUUAUUCUUCGGGACGGGUGCGGGUUAAAGAUAGAGAGGGGCGUGUCCUCGUCGAUUCUUCCCACCAGCACAGAUGACAGAUGCUGUGACGUUGGAGAGAUUACUCAAGGGCUUGUAGGAAAAAUAUGUUAUGGAGGCUCAACAUCGAUAAAUGACAAUUUCUAACUUAUUUUAGUGUUCACCCCCUUUUGAACAAAAUAACGAGCUCGUCAGCACACAACUGGGUGCUUGUAAAAAUAAUACAUAAUUAUUUUUGUUACAGAAUCUUGACAACAAGACAAAGGAAAUGCUUGUAAUAGUAUUGUAACUUAUCUGCUUGUGCGAUUAAAUAAGUCUUUUCUGCGUCUUUUUCAGCCCUUUUUCUUUAAGUGUUACCACAAAACAAGGAAAUGGAACAAAAAUGGCAUAAACGUACUAGUUAUGGAGUAACGUUUCUAGUUCUCCGGUGAUUAUCAUUUUAUGACUUCUCAAGAGAGCGACGAGGUGAGCGAUUAAGACUGACAAUACCCAUUGUCAUCAUUCAGAUGUUAACUCGCAGUUUUAAUUAGAAUUUAAACUGGCUUUUUUUCUUACUAUAACUGUAGAAAUUCUCGCGCGCUCAUUGAUCGAGAACUAUUGGUCAUGAUAGUUCACCACGAAAUUUUCUCCGAUUCUUAUUGGUUUAAAUUGAUCA